UAUAAGUCGAAUAGACACCUGAAAUCUGCACAAGCUCACCGAAGCACGCAACUUGAUACCUUAUUGACGCUGAAGUGAACAUCGUCAAAUCGGUUACAGAAAAGAUGCGGGUGUUCGUCACAUUUUGUACGCUAUGGCUGAGCUGCCUUGCCUUGGCCGAUGCCAGCGAUUUUAACAAAAUAGUUGGUUACUUGGGAAGCUGGUCAAACGCUCGGCCCGGUGUAGGAGCAUUCGAGAUAUCGGAUAUAGACCCAACAAUGUUCACCCACCUGAUGUACGCGUUCGUUGGCAUCACUCCGGAUGGCGACGUCCAGGUGUUGGACGAGUACAGAGACCUCUCCACAGACGGAGGAUUGGGUGGGUUCGCAGAAUUCAACGCCCUUCGGGAUCAGAACUCCGAAUUGAAAACCCUAGUGUCAAUUGGUGGAUGGAGCCAGGGAUCCACGAAUUUUUCCACCGUGGUUAGCAACUCCACACUGCGAUCAACGUUCGUAAAGAACGCACUCGAAUUCGUGCUCAAGUACAAUUUUAGCGGUAUCGACGUCGACUGGGAGUAUCCGGCCCAACGUGGCGGUGCCGACACGGAUGUCGAGAACUUCGUUCUUCUCCUUGAAGAACUUCGCGAUACUUUCGACGACGAGGAUUUACUCUUGACCGUGGCAGUAGGAGCUUCCCAAUCAACCGUGGACUUGUCGUACGAUGUUUCAGGAAUUUCAGCUGCAGUUGACAUGAUCACUCUAAUGGAAUACGACUUCCAUGGGUCCUGGGAUACCUACACAGGCCAUAACACACCUCUCUAUGCCGGGACAUGGGAAACAGCGGCAGCCCAGAAAACUCUCAACAUCAACGCGUCCGUGAAUUAUUGGCUGGAACAGGGAGCAUCGGCUGAAAAGCUUCUCCUUGGCACUGCGUUUUAUGGAAAAACGUUUACUCUUACGAACUCCUCCGAAACGACGCCUGGAUCACCGGUUACCGGUGUUGGUAACGCGGGUUCUUACACUCAGGAAAGCGGAGUGUUAUCUUACUACGAGAUUCUCGAGAAGUUGUCGGAAGGAAACUGGACUACCGUUUAUGACGACGAGCAACAGGUGCCGUACGCCUACUCAGGUGACCAGUGGGUCACCUACGAUAAUCCCAGCAGUCUGGAUGUGAAAGCUGCCUUCGCAAAGGGGUUGGGAUUAGGAGGUUUCUCGAUUUGGGCAAUCGACUUGGAUGACUUCGGCGGCCUUUACGGGGAAAAGUACCCUCUACUGAAGACCCUGAAUGCAAGAAUCAAUGACUCUAGCACCAGUAGCUAGGUCGACUAGGUGGGUUUGAUGCUACAGCACUUCAAGCAGCUCCAGCGACUCUGGCGUCUUUAGUGCCAGGUGAUCCAGCAGUUUCAACAAUAGCUCCAGCAGUAGCUCAAGCUAGAACAGUUGUGGACUUCAGAUAUUAUAAUGACAUGUACUAUUUCAACAACAGUAUGCCAUUAUACGUACAUAUCAGGAAGAAGCAUCCUUGAACCGUGAAGCGUUAAAUUCAUUCGAUAACCUAUUCGUAUCCAAUUGCCGCUUCGAG